AUGUCUUGUAAACGGUUAGUAUUAUUGAUCGGAAAUGAACGGUCUAUAUCGUACGCAUUAUCAUUAUUAAAAAUCCUCGGAAAAUUAUAAAACGCAAAUAUACAUAUGAAUUUCAAAAUUGUAAAAGAUCACUUACACAUGACUCUUGAGGCAAUUAAUAAAAAUAAGAGACUAAUUUAUAUCGACCUCCGAAAUGUACAGUAACAGUACCAACCUACUGAUACAAGUGCGAACUAUCAAAUGACGAAAGCAACACCCACUUCUUUAUACUACGUAUUUCAAAGACAUAUACUAUUAUGAUAAGUUAGAUUUAAAAUAAUAAUUGAUUAAUAUAACACAUAACAAUAGAUUGUACUUAAAUUUAGAUUUACUUCUCCAACAUUAUGAUUACAAAUAUCUUAAUUAUACAUUUGUAGGGCAAAUAGGAUUGUUGUAUUGAUUUCAAAACCGGUAGUUAUACAUUUAUAUGCUUAAUCACUGUAAUAAAAGUAUCAAAAAAAUAUUAAAUCAUAUCUGUAAAUAAUUUACUAUUUAAACUCUUUCUUUGUAUCUUGAAAAAUUUUUGUUUAUGUCGAUUACAUUUCUUUAAACUCAAAAUCAAACAAAAUCUAUACAUAUAUACGUAUAUAUAUAUAAUAUAUGUAUAUAUAUAUAUAUACAACUUUCUAUACUUUUAAUAAUAUAGAAAAUACAUAUUUCUUUUGUUAUUUGAUAACUAUGUAUACACGUUUUAAUUAAAUACAAAAUACAAAGUUCAAUAAUUUGCUCGAUAAAUAUCCAAAAUAUUCUUAUACCCAAAAGAUAGUAUAUCAAGUGUUUAUAUCAACGCCUGCGCGUUAUGCGUGUGUACUGUGCACUCAGUAUUACAAAAUGAUUUACAUAAAAAAAAUCUGAAUCUUGCAUCGUGAUGUGAUUUUCAUUAAGGUGAUGAUAUUUGUAGUUAUAAUUAUGGCUGACCAAGAUGCAAAUAAUAAUAACCUUACUUUGAGAGAAAAUUUAGUAAGUCCGAUCAUUCUUAAGCUCUAUAUAUAUAUAUAUAUAUACAUAUGUGUGUGUGCGUUUGCGUGUGUGUAUUUAUAUAUUUAUUUAAAGAUUUUAACUUUCUUUGCAUUGAGAUAUUUCACUAAAGUGACUUAAAAUAAAAUUGCACAUUGACCGAUUAUGUAAGUACUAAAAGUAAAAUAACUCGAUAUAAAAAAAAUUUUUCUUUAAGGUGAAAACAGCAGUGGAAUUUUUACAAAAUCCUAAAGUACAAACUAGUCCUAUUGGACGUAAACAAGAAUUUCUUCAAAGAAAGGGAUUAACAGAGGAGGAAAUUAAAAGAGCAUUUAAAUUAGCUUCUAUUGACAUAACGAUUGAUCAAAAUGCUGUUCUUAAUUCAAGUGAUUAUACAGUGGUUCCUAUUCCACCAUAUCAGAUGCAUCAUUUUCAAACAUACCCAUACCAAAUAACUCUUUUCCAAAGAAUUAAAGAAUUCUUCAAUGCUACCGCCUUAAUUGGAGCUACCAUAUAUUGCGUUUACUGGAUCUACAAAAAAUUUAUCGAACCAUUUUUAUUUGGUCGGAAAAAGAAAGAUAGUAUAAGGGAUUCAGUUACUGAGUUAGAUAAGACUAUUCAAAAUUCCAUGAAAGAAGUAAAACAAUCUAUUUCUAAAGUUGAGGGAGAUGUUCAAAAGUUGACACAGAAUCAUACUAUGGACCCAAUGAUACCUCAAUUGGUGCAAGAAUUGAAACAGGAUUUAGCUAGUCUCAAAUCUUUACUUUUAUCAAGAAAGCAAUUUCCAAGUGCGCCAGCAUCAGUUCCAUCUAUAUCUAUACCAACAUGGCAAUUAGAUGCUGCAGGUACAAGUCAAGAAAAACCAACUGAACGAGAAGAUGAUGCUGGAAGUGGAAGUAGCGCUAAUAAUUCAGAUAGCUCUCUGGAAAUGAUCCGCGAAGAUCCACCUAAAGUGUGAAUCUAAAAUAGUCAUAAACAUUCACUUCCACCAUAACAGUCUUCAAUGUACAGAAUAUUUUGUGAUGUCUACUAAAAGGAAUAGAUGGUUUUGAUCACAUGUAAUAUAUAUUAAGAAUCGACGUUUUUACAAUUAUUAUAUUACCGAUUUACUUUUAUUUUGCCAAAUUUUAUCCCAGAAAAUCGGAGUAUAUAACUAUUAUUGUUCUUAUAAAAAAGGAUGUAGGGUUAUUUGUAAAACAAAAGGAUAUAUCAUUUUUCAAACAAUAUUAAAUUGUAAAUGACGCUUAUUAUUUAAUUUUUAUUUUAUUUUUCUUUUCCUUGGAAAUCUCUGAAAGAAUUAACAUUUGUUCCUCUUUGAUUAUUAGCAUCAAUCUUCCAUCCCUGUUCUUAAAGGCCUCGUUAUUAUUUAAUAAUUUUUAUAACGUUGAAAUAAAAAAGUAGAUAAGAAAUUAAAACAUUUUCUUAACGAUAUUCAUAAUGCACAGACACAUUACUAUUUAGAUCAUUACUUAAAGAAGUCAUCUAUUUAAAAUAUUUGACAAUAUAAUGGGGAAGGUAUAGAACCAAAAAUACAAACUAUCUUUACAAACUAAUUAUGUACAUUUUAAUCCAUAUUUAAAUUUAAAAAGACAAUCGCGAUACAUAGAAUUAUAUUAAGCCAAGGGCUAUAUUUAUACAAGUUGUUUUGCAGUGUAUAUUUGAAAUUAAAAAAAUUAUUAUUUUCUUGACAUAUACAUAUAAUUGCAUGUAUGUGAUAACAAAAAAUACAUACACGUACAUACAAGUAUACUAUGUACAGAAAGACAUUACUUAAAUGUGGUGUAAUCCUGCUUUAUUCUAUACUUAUUACCCAUGGCUACCCUUACUUUGGAAUAAAUUACUAUUAAUAAUAUAAUUCCAUGUGAGCAGUUCAUUUGAUAUACGUCAAUAAAUAAACAAAUGUCCUCAACAUGCAAUUUAUUUUGAGAACAAAAUAUUAUUUGAACCUUGUGCACAUGGGCAUUUUUUUUAAAUUGAAGUUUUAUGAUUAAGUGAAAUUAACAUUUAUAUAUAUUUAUAUCUGUAUAUAUGCAUAUAUAAAUGUUACAUGAAAUGUUUAAUGGCUUUACAUUUCUCAUUCACUCAAACCAAUCGUUCUGCAAUAAACACAUUCUUCAUCAGUACAAACCAUAUAAUCUUUCAGUACAGUACUUUUGAAUGAUUAAACAAGCGAACAAAUGUACUGUAAUGCUAUAUGUACGAUUACAUCCGUUCACUGUUACUUUAUUUUUCUAUUUUUUGACUCCUUAAUAUCGUACAUUGUAUUUAAAACAAUUUUUAAUUUUCCGAAAUUUAUUGAAAUCAAAUAUCGCUUUUUUUAUAAUUCUUUAAUACUUCUUUUUAUUAUUAGGUAUAUUCAGGAAAGCUGCCUCACUGAUACAGUGAGUUACAGCAAAGUCUAUUUAAAGUGUGACUUAGUAUUCUUUUUUUAUCUUUUUUUAAUACUACAUUUCAAGUUCAAUGAUAUUAUAUAUAACAGAAAUAAUUUGUUUAAAAAAUAUAACAUUUUCUUAUUAUGUGUGGCAAAAUAUUUAAAACGUUCUGUAUAGUAUCAUCACUUAGAACAAAAUUAUUUCGAGUAAAAUAUGUAAAUCUAUGUUAAUUGAAAAUCUUGAUCUUUGGCAAAUACAUUUUGUUUUUUUCUUUUUUUUUUU